AUGGAAGGAAAAGACCUUACAACUAUAAAAAACAUCAAAGAUGAUUGUGUUGUUACAUUUCUGGCUACUGUCAAAGCAAGAACACAAGUGAGAGUCUGGAGUAGAAAUAAAUCCACUGGAAAGAUAAUGACUGGCAUCUUAAUGGAUAGAAGUGGAAGCAUUGACUUUGUUUGUUGGACAGAAGGGGCUAUGAAAUUUGAUGGCAUUCUAAAAGAAAAUUUGACAUACAAAUUUAUUAAAGCAAAGUCAGUAUUUGCAAAAGAAAACUAUUCUAAAACAAAACAUUGUUGUCAGAUUAUACUGGACAAAAAUUCUGAGAUUGAAGAAGUUGAAUCUGAACCUCUUGUGUCACCAAUUGAUAUAACACCAAUUGCUGAGUUGGCUUCAAAAGAAAAUCAGCAGAAAGUAACUGUAGUUGGAAAAGUUUUAGCCAUACCACAAGCAGAGCGCUUAGGAUCUACAGGGGUAGAUAUUGUUAAGGUCAGAAUUCAAGACAACUCGGGAACAAUUCAGUUAUCGUUAAUGGGCAAUGAGAUAAAGAACUGUAACUUCUCCAUAAAUGAUGUCCUUCUGCUAGAAAAUGCUGAACUGAGAAUCUAUGGAAUGCUAAGAUGCUUACAAGGGAGCACAGGAAUAAGGACUGUAAAUCCCUCUGACAGAGAUUAUACUCAGUAUAUGCCAGGACCUGACAGCCCAAAUAUUGAUUUGUCCCCUGGAAAGAAUGCUCCUAAAGAAAAAACUGUAAUUACACUCAACAAAGAUGAGGGACGUCAAAAAAUUCAUUGUUCUGUGUUGGAAACAAAUUUAAGAGAAUGCACUUAUGAAAGAUGUCCAAAAGUGAGUUGCAGAUCGAGAGUGGUAUGUUUAUCUAAUGGUCUGUACAGAUGCAACAAAUGUGAAUCAGACUAUUUUGUAGCUACAACAGGAGUUCGGUUGAUUCUGCACAUUUCACAAGAAAAAAACAAUGAAAAGAAGAUAGUCAUGUUUAAUGAUAUGGCUGAACAGUUCACUGAAAAGUCUGCAGCUCAGCUCUUAGUUUUGGAGGAAGUGGAUAUUUUAUCUUUGGAAAAAGCUCUAAUGUCUAAUCAGUAUAAGUUUACAUUAAGUCCUGCAAAGAGCAACAGUGAAUUUCUUUGUGAGUCUUUUGUUGUACAGAAAGGACAAGAGUCUUUUGGGAAAGAAACAACAUCACAUAUCCAGGUGUGA